AUGCCAUACAAGACCCCAUCCAGAAGGGGGGCGUCGGCCAAGAAGCCGUUUACGCCUCGCAAGAGAGGUCUCUUCGAAGACGGCCAAUGGCUCUGUGAGGCCCACCUCCCCACCGCAUGCGAAUGCACACCGCGGAAGCCGGCUCUCUGCCUGACAGUGAAGAAGGACAGUCCGAACAAGGGCAAGCGGUUCUACACAUGCCAGGAAAACCCCAAGAAAUGCGACUUCUUCCUCUGGGGCAUCUCGAGUCGCUAUAUGAGCACCUCAGCUUACAUCAGAUUCAGGGAGGAAGAAGCAAUGAAGCGCGAGCGCGACGCCCUUCUGCUUCACAACUGUAAUUCUGAAAACGGCAUCACCACCAACGUGCGGGCCAAGACCCCCGAGCCCGCACCACCUCUGAACCUGCCUGCACCCAAGCCGGCCGCGCCGACCAUUUCUCAGUACUUCGAGAGGCCCGGCGCACCCAAACAGAGGAUUUUCAAAGGGCUCGAUGAACCACGACAGGUUCACCCCUCACAGUCUAGCGACACGGAUGACGAGAUGAACGUGCCGGAGCCCAGCCAAACGCUCCGCGGAUCGAGCUCGUCUAAGUCACUCAGCACCGACGCGGCAGCGGCAGACGCUGGUAGGUACGGCUCUGGGUUGCAGGCGCGGUACGGCGGGGGAGCUCCGGUAACGCCGACGGCAAAGCGGAAGCGGGGCAUCUUCCUGGAGGACAGCGACGAUGAGUUCGGGGGCGACGACCUUGACGACCCGGAGACGGAGAGGCAGCUCGCCGCCAUCACGGACGAGAGCGCGCGGAAGCAGCAGCGGACGAAGGACGUCUACGAUACGCCCGCCACAAACAAGAGCAACGGCCUCCCAACGCCCGUGAGCAGGAGACCGGGCCUCCUAAUAGCAUCUGAUGAGCGGGAGCGCACGGCGAAGCACCAGCAGCACGCUGGGGCUGGCAACGACGAGGCCCAGUCGCAGGUGCUAGGAGACCCCGAGACGCCUACUCCCUACCGGAAGACCGACGCCCUCGCCGGGUUGAAGACCGCCACCGCAGCGGCAGACAAGUCGCCGGGCAAUGCGGCCGUUCUGGAUGACUACCCCAAGAUCCUGGACGAGGUGCUCUCCCUCCUGGCCCACCAGCCGGUCGCGGAGUCUACGAAGCGGACCUUAAAAGCGGCAAUGGAGCGGCACGAGAUGCGCGUCAAGGGCGUUGUCCGUGGCAGGGAGGCUGCGAGGGCGGGCAUCGCGGAGCGGGAUGCCAGGAUAGGCGAGAUGCAGGACCGCAUCGUGGCGUUGGAGAACGCCAGGAAGAUGGACAGGGAGAGGUUGCGUGAGCUCAGUUCGGGGCUGCUCAAGUUGAGCCAGGAGGAUUGA